AUGGAACAGCGCCCCCACACUGUUGGCUUGGAUGUCAUGACCUCUGUCCUGUUUACAAUUCAGGUCAUGACAUCCGGGGUCUUGUGUUCUAUCGUCACUGUGCGUCUGAUCAAUGGGAACGCGCCCAAUGAAGGUGCAGUUGAGGUGCAGUACAAAGGCCAAUGGGGGAGCGUCUGUGGUUCCAACUGGAGAACUGAAGAAGCCAAUGUCGUCUGUAGACAACUCGGCUACCCUUCUGCAUCUCAGGCCUGGCAGAAUGCUCACUUUGGGCAAGGGUCUGGGCCGGUUCUCCUCUCAAAUGUUGCAUGUGAUGGACAUGAAUCGCGCAUUGACCAGUGUGACUAUAGGGGAUGGUUGAUGUCAAGCUGCAGCCAUUACUAUGAUGUCGGAGUGACGUGUGAUGUAACAACCCCCUCUUCGGUGGUUGUCCGUCUUGCUGAUGGCAACACGCCGCAUGAAGGGAGAGUGGAAGUAUUCUACCGAUGCGAAUGGGGUACUAUCUGUAGCACUAGUCACUGGGGCAUUGAAGAGGCAAAUGUCAUCUGUCGACAGCUCGGCUACAUCUCUGCAAAUCAGGCCUGGUGGAAUACUCACUUUGGUCAAGGAUCAGGGCCGAUUCUCCUGAACAAUGUUGUUUGUCGUGGCAGUGAAUCAAGCAUUGACCGAUGCGAUCAUACUGGAUGGUACAAUCACGAUUGUUCGUAUCACCGCUAUGAUAUUGGAGUAAAAUGUAACGAGACCUCUCCUAAUCUUGUUCCAGUUCGACUCACCAAUGGCAGCUUCCCGUAUGAGGGUCGUUUAGAAAUAUACCACGAUGGUCAGUGGGGUACAGUCUGUCAUGAUGGCUGGAGCAUUGAAGAUGCCAACGUCAUCUGUCGGCAACUCGGCUACCCUCCUUCAUCACAUGCCUGGAGUGGUGCUCACUUUGGCCAAGGAUCAGGACCGAUUCUCCUCAGCAAUGUUGCUUGCAAUGGCACUGAAUCAAACAUAGACCUAUGUGAACACAGUGGGUGGUUCAAUCACAGCUGCAGUCAUGCAGAAGAUGCCGGAGUGACUUGUGGGGAGCAGCUCAUUGUCAAUACCUCUUCACCAGUUUCAAUACGUCUUGUGAAUGGGGAUACCCCUAAUGAAGGUCGAGUUGAAGUGUACUACAAAUGCCACUGGGGUACAAUCUGUCAUAAUGGCUGGUCCAUCAGAGAUGCCAAUGUCAUCUGCCGACAGCUCGGCUACCCUUCUGCAUCCCAGGCCUGGCACAGUGCUCACUUUGGCCGAGGAUCAGGCUUAAUUGUCCUGAGCAAUGUUGCAUGUCGUGGCAAUGAAUCAAGUAUUGACCUGUGCCAUCACAGUGGAUGGUAUGUUACCUCCGGCUGCAAUCAUUAUAGUUAUCAUGUUUAUUAUUACAGCGAGGUUUACUACUGCGGUCAUUACUAUGAUGUCGGAGUGACGUGUGAUGUAACAACCCCCUCUUCGGUGGUUGUCCGUCUUGCUGAUGGGAACACGCCGCAUGAAGGGAGAGUGGAAGUAUUCUACCGAUGCGAAUGGGGUACUAUCUGUGGCUCUAGUCACUGGGGCAUUGAAGAGGCUAAUGUCGUCUGUCGACAGCUCGGCUACACCUCUGCAACUCAGACCUGGCGGAGGGCUCACUUUGGUCAAGGAUCAGGACCGAUUCUCUUGGACAAUGUUGAAUGUCGUGGCAGUGAAUCAAGAAUUGACCAAUGCGAUCAUACUGGAUGGUACAACCUCGAUUGUUGGUAUUACUACGGCGAUAUUGGAGUAAAAUGUAACGAGAUUGUUUUAUUUUCAGUUCCAGUUCGACUCACCAAUGGCAGCUUUCCGUAUGAGGGUCGUAUAGAAAUAUACCACGAUGGUCAGUGGGGCACUGUCUGUGACGAUGGCUGGAGCAUUGAAGAUGCCAACGUCAUCUGUCGGCAACUCGGCUACCCUCCUGCAUCACAGGCCUGGCAAGGUAGUCACUUUGGUGAAGGAUCAGGACCGAUUCUCCUGCGUAAUGUUGCUUGCAAUGGCACCGAAUCAAACAUAGACCUAUGUGAACACAGUGGGUGGUUCAAUCACAGCUGCAGUCACACAGAAGAUGCCGGAGUGACUUGUGGGGAGCAGCUCAUUGUCAAUACCUCUUCACCAGUUUCAGUACGGCUUGUGAAAGGGGAUGCACCUAAUGAAGGUAGAGUGGAAGUGUACUACAAAUGCCACUGGGGUACAGUCUGUCAUCAAGACUGGACCAUCAUAGAUGCCCAUGUCAUCUGCCGACAGCUCGGCUACCCUUCUGCAUCCCAGGCCUGGCACAGUGCUCACUUUGGCCGAGGAUCAGGCCCGAUUCUCCUGAGCAAUGUUGUAUGUCAUGGCAAUGAAUCAAGUAUUGACCAAUGCCAGCACAGUGGAUGGUAUGUUACCUCCGGCUGCAGACAUAAUAAUGACGCUGGAGUAACUUGCGACUUGGCAUCUCCUUCAGAAGGUUAUACUCAACCACCUGAAAUCUCUGGCUGUCCGGAUGAUGUCAUCAUUCCAGUCAUCUCAUCGUCCAAUCAGGCGUCUCAUAUCUGGACGCCUCCGAUGACCUCUGACAACUCCAAUUCUAGCGUCGAUGUGACAUUCACCUGCCAGGUAACCCCGCCCGGUGAAUGUUACCAAGCUGGUCACGGUACAUUUCCGGUUGGGAUAUCUACAGCGAGGUACACAGCUAGAGAUCAGUCUGGGAACGAGAACAUCUGCGAUUUUAGAAUUACAGUUACAGUCGUGGGAAUAACCUGCCCAAAUAAUAUAACUGCCUUUGCCAGUCCCGGUCUUAACGAAGCCAGCGUAAACUGGAUAGAACCAGAUCUGACCGGAUGGGGUGGACCAACCAACUUUACCUCUACUGCCAGUCCCGGUGAUCAGUUUUUGAUAGGAACUCGUAGAGUUAGCUACCAGCAGCAGUUUCCAAUGUAUGGCGUGUCUCUUGAAUGUUCCUUCUUUGUGACCAUGGAAGGUCAGUGUGAAUUGGAAACAUACGAAGAUCUCACGUGGCCGGUGACGUCAGCGGGGUCAACCGCUAAGUCUGUGGAGAGAUGUCCCCUCAUGACAAUGAAUGCCGGUCAACCUCGUGGCGUACGGAACUGUUCACUUGUAGAUCCUCCUGUGUACUUCCAAUGGGAGGAGUAUGAACCCAGCAGUUGUGGUGAAUAUAGGAACGAGGUUACCCUUGCGGACGUCGAGAAGGUUGAAGUUAGUACAGGAAAUGUGGUUGAAGUGGCUGAGUUUCUGGUCAAUCAGACGUCAGCGUCACCUGAGGAUGCAGAUGUGGAGGCGGUUUCCAACAUUUUGGUGAACAUUGUUGGGGCAGGAUCAGGAGACGUACAGGUUACUGAGUUGGUGUUGGAGAGCGUGAGCAAUGUCAUAAUGAACACUCCUGACUCCCAGACUCCCAAUAUCAAUGCUGGUAACUCUUCAGCCAUCAUCCAGUCCGUAGAGCGUCAGGUCUCCCUGACUCUGAGACAAGAAGGUCAGGUCAGUAUACGUCAGGACACCAUUCACGUCGAGGCGGUCAGUCUGGAUCCAGUGCAGUCAAGAAAUGGACUCAGCUUUGUAUCUGUACGACAGCCUGGACAAGGGUCACCACAAGAGGGUUCACUCGUUGGAACUGAGAUCAAGACCUUUAUGGAUGCUUAUGAGAUCCCUAAGGGUAUUGAUGUGGUGGCAUCGGUUCAAUUACCACGGAACAUCGUUGACUCGAUUCGGUCAGCUGACAAUAACAGCUCUGUCCAGCUGCAAGUCGGAUUCCUUGUCUAUGCUGACGACACGUUGUUUCAGUCUGCUUCAAUCAGAGAGUACCAAGGGCAGAAUAACUCGACUCGUAAGGUCGCUGGAUCUGUCGUCUCACUGACUGUGGAGAAUGUUGAACUUGUCAACCUAUCCGACCCAGUCGUGAUUAUUUUCAAGAAGCCUGAUAAUGCAACGGCUGAAAAGUUGGAGACGAUCCAGUGCGUGUCCUGGAACUUUGAACUUGAAGACAGAGUUGGUGAUUGGUCACCAGCUGGUUGCGCACGUGCACAACCGCCAAAUGAGCAAGUCCGAUGUGAUUGCUACCACGCCACCAACUUUGCCAUUCUUGUGGAUGUUAAGGGUCAGACUCCUGCUAACACUCCUUCUAAGCGAGCACUUGACAUCAUCAGCAAGGUUGGCUGUGCAUUGUCCAUCGUAGCUCUGGCUAUCACGCUGAUUAUAUACUUGGCUGUCAGGAAGCUACGAAGCGGCAAAUCUCGUCAGAUCUUCAUCCAUUUUUGCUUCUCCUUGUUGAUGUUGUAUUUCGUGUUCGUUGCAGGGGUAGACAACGCCAAGGGAUCUGAGGGUGGUUGUGUGUUUGUUGCCGCUUUACUCCACUACUUGACUCUGUCCACUAUGAUGUGGAUGGCCGUUGAAGCCAGGAACAUGUACGUCAGUACGGUGAAGGUGUUCCCAGAAGACACGCCUCGAUAUAUGCUCAAGGCUUGCCUCAUCGCUUGGGGAUCUCCGCUCAUUGUUCUGACGAUCACCUUGGCCGCAGCAACUCAUCACUACGGCACCGAGCAUUAUUGCUUUCUUGAGCCUGGUCUUGUACUGUACCUCGGCCUCCUACCUCCCAUUGGUGUCAUCCUCAUCCACAACAUCAUCACCUUCAUCUUGGUCAUGCGCAGUCUCCGGAAGGUCAGAGAGGCAUCUCGCUCCCAGCAGAUCUCUAAACGCCUCCAGAAUGCCGUGGGAAUCUCCGCCCUCAUGGGCUUGACCUGGUGUUUUGCGUUCCUUGUCAUCAUCGAAGGAUCACCAGAGACCAAUUUUGCCUUCCAGCUCAUCUUCUGUCUGGCCAACUCCUUGCAGGGCGUGGUUGUCUUCAUCAUGUUUUGCGUUCGUCGAGAAGAGGUUCGUUCUGCCGUAAUUCCAUACUUGAGUUGCCUUGGCCGGCGUUUGACAAUCGCACGCCCUGCAAAGUCCAACGAUGCUGAGAUGGUUUCAACAUCAGCAGUUCCUACUUCACCAUCCAGCAUCCAAACUUCUAGCUUUGAUGUCUCCAUUGCAGGAAACCAGUAA